AUGCUUAUCUGGAUCAAAAAUGCACUUACACCCCAGGAAAUUCGAGAUAAAAUCAUGGAUCCAAACUCACCCUUCCAGAAGGCCAUGGUGGAGUAUCUAGAGAGUGUGCACAUGGGUGAAUUCAUGACAGGCAGCAUGGAGAGUGUGAAGCAGAACAUAGCCGAGGAAGAUCACAAAAAUCCAUCCAGGGUCCCACCCACAGAGACAUUGCCAGAGCCACCACCCAAGAAGUGCGACCACUCUACCAAAUCAGACUGUGAUCAGUGUCAGAAGCAUACAUCCUGGUGGACUAGAUUCAAGCAGACAGUGGAUGAAAUUUUAUAUCUGUCGAACAGGCAUACAUACAAAAAUGGAAAUUGCAAAGCCCGGUUCCCCAGAGAGACCCAUCCAGAGACUGUGGUAGACCCAAGCACAGGUGCACUUAUCAUGAAGAAGGGAGAGGCAUGGAUUAAUACCAUCACACCUGCAGUCACCUAUCUCAUGUGCGGGAACACUGAUGUCACUUCUCUGCUGUCGGGCACUGCCAUCAAGUCUGUCAUAGCUUAUGUUGCUGAUUACAUAACCAAGACCCCACUCAAAACCCAUGUGAUGUUCCAGUCUAUCCAGCAAGUGUUUGAGCGC